GAUCGUAUCUUUCCUCAGUGUUCUUCCGGGUUCUUUGUUAGGGUUUUACAUUUCUCGACUCCCCGCGUCCCCGCAACAAUCGUCGCCAUCUCCUUCUCUUCCACUCCACCAAGACGUUAUUCCCUUUCCUGUUGCCAGCCGCUGCAGCCACAGGCGGAGCAAUAGAGUUGAAGUAUGCAACUCUCUCUCUCCCACUCUCCUGCUACUGUCACCGCCGUAUCUGCUCGCUGCUUUAUUUACGCUCACCGUCGGCGGUUCGAUCGUGCACUACAAAAUCGCCUAAUCCCUUCUUUUAUUGUGCGUCGAUUGUCUUCUGCACCGCACGGUAUCAUCAAGGCAAUGGCGCAACUGGAAACGGAUGCCCCUUCUUCUUCUUUAUCCCCUGGAGGACAAAAGCGAGCAUUGAUAUCAUUGUCAAAUAAGCGAGAUUUAGCUUUUCUUGGACAUGGACUUCAAGGUUUAGGAUACACUAUUGUCUCAACUGGUGGAACAGCAUCUGCUUUAGAAGAAGCUGGUAUCCCUGUGACUAAAGUUGAAGAGAUAACCCAUUUCCCAGAAAUGCUUGAUGGCCGUGUGAAAACUUUACACCCUAGUAUACAUGGUGGUAUUCUUGCUCGUAGAGAUUAUAGUCACCACAUGGAUGCUUUAAGUAACCAUGACAUUGGUACAUUUGAUGUUGUGGUGGUGAACUUGUACCCUUUCUAUGAAAAAGUUACCGGUACUAUUUCAAUUGCUUUUGAAGAUGGAGUUGAGAAUAUUGACAUUGGUGGGCCUACAUUGAUACGCGCUGCUGCUAAGAAUCACAAGGAUGUAUUGGUUGUUGUUGACCAUGAUGACUAUCCUACUGUCUUAGACUUUCUGAAAGGAAAACAAGACAAUCAGGAAUUUCGUAAGAAAUUGGCAUGGAAAGCUUUUCAACAUGUCGCAUCUUAUGAUUCAGCAGUGUCAGAGUGGUUAUGGAAACAAAUAGAGGAUGGAGAAAAGUUUCCUCCCAGUUUAACAGUGCCCCUUUCACUAAAAUCUACACUUAGAUAUGGGGAAAAUCCCCAUCAGAAAGCUGCGUUUUAUGCCGACAAGAGUAUAUCUCUUGUUCAUGCAGGUGGCAUUGCCACUGCUAUACAACAUCAUGGAAAGGAAAUGUCUUACAACAAUUUCUUGGAUGCGGAUGCUGCUUGGAAUUGUGUAUCAGAAUUCAAGAGCCCUACUUGUGUGAUUGUCAAGCACACAAAUCCAUGUGGGGUAGCAUCACGGCAAGACAUACUUGAGGCAUAUAGAUUAGCUGUAAAGGCUGAUCCUGUCAGUGCUUUUGGUGGCAUUGUUGCUUUCAACACAACGAUAGAUGAGGACCUGGCGAAGGAGCUUAGGGAAUUUAGAAGCCCUAUAGAUGGUACUACUCGAAUGUUUUAUGAGAUUGUAGUUGCACCUCAAUACACUGAAAAAGGACUUGAGAUCCUUCGAGGGAAGUCAAAGGCUUUGAGGAUUCUCGAGGCAAAGAAGACUGGGCAGGGACUAUUGUCACUUCGACAAGUUGGUGGUGGAUGGUUGGCCCAGGAGUCUGAUGACUUAACCCCUGAAAAUAUCAAAUUCUCAAUCAUGUCUGAAAGAGUUCCGGAGGAUGCCGAGCUUCAUGAUGCAGAGUUUGCAUGGCUCUGUGUCAAACAUGUAAAGAGUAAUGCCAUAGUAAUAGCUAAGGAUAAUUGCAUGUUGGGAAUGGGUAGUGGGCAGCCGAAUCGACUGGAAAGCCUAAGGAUUGCUUUUAGAAAAGCCGGAGAAGCGGCAAAAGGAGCUGCAUUGGCCAGUGAUGCCUUCUUCCCAUUUGCUUGGAACGACGCCGUCGAAGAGGCAUGCAAGAAUGGCAUCGGAGUCAUUGCACAACCUGGAGGGAGCAUAAAAGAUGGAGAUGCUGUAGACUGUUGUAACAAAUAUGGAGUUUCACUUCUCUUCACGAACGUUCGACACUUCAGGCACUGAGGGAAACUCCAAGUAGGAGAGCAAAAAAAAUCUAAUAAGGCAAUGAACAGCGGCGAAUAAACUUUAUUUUCUUUCGGAAUUUGGACACUUUGCUCAUUGGAAGCCAAGCUGAGGUUGUUAAGGAUUCUAUUUUUCCCAUGAACUAGAAAUUUUCUUCUAGUUACGUGGAUUUGGGGUUUUCUUAUCGAAGAAAAAUUCACAUUUACCUGCUCUUA